AGAUGUAGUGCGUGACGGUCAUGAAGGCUUUCGGUUAUAGAAAGAAAUUGGUGAAUUGGAUUACCGAAAAAUUUGCAGGUGAUAAGUUCACAAAGUAUAUUUUUGAUAUAACAUUCCGUAUUUAGAGAUAAGUUUCUAAACAAUAUGGAGGAGAAAGCAAUACCAAGUUUAGGUGUACACGAUGUUGGCGCAGCAAUGCAACGUUUUGGUUGGGCAGACUACGUCAUGUUCAUAUUUUCACUAGGGAUAUGCUUACUAGUUGGAAUGUAUUUUGGAAUCUUUCGUAAGUCACAAGAUGCCCAAGAAUACUUAGUUGGUAGCAGAAGUAUGUCUGUGAUGCCUAUAGCAUUAUCGUUGGUGGCUAGCUGGGUGAGUGGGAUAUCCCUGCUAGGAAUACCAACAGAAAUUUAUGUUUAUGGUGGACAAUACAUUUAUGUACUUGGAGGCUUCCUUUUAACAACUAUUAUAAUGUCUAGAGUCUAUCUACCUGUUUUCCAGGGACUCACACUAACUUCAACAUAUGAGUAUCAUGAGAGACGUUUCGAUAAAAAAGUACGUCUGUUCGGAUCAUUGCUCUUCACAAUCGGAAUGAUAGGUUGGCUGCCACUGGUGAUUUAUGUUCCAGCUUUAGCAUUCAAUCAAGUGACCGGAGUCAACGUUCAUCUUAUAACACCCAUAGUAUGUGCCAUCUGCAUCAUUUAUACGUCAAUGGGCGGAAUAAAAGGUGUCGUAUGGACUGAUGUUAUCCAAAUAAUUGUGAUGUUUGGUUCCAUGCUACUAGUUGUUAUAAAAGGGACGAUUGACAUAGGAGGUUUUGGAGUUGUCUUCGAGAGAAAUUGGCAGAGUGGAAGAAUAGAAGGGCCAAAUUUCGAUAUGAAUCCUUUGUCAAGACAUACCGUGUGGUCACUAGUCAUUGGAGGAUCUGUGUAUACACUCCAGAGCUUUGGCGUCAAUCAGAAUAUGAUUCAGAGAUAUCUGUCUCUGCCAAAUCUCAAAGCUGGACGAAGAGCACUUUGGAGCUUCUUUAUCGGCAUAGGAGCAGUUGUAAUUAUUUGUUCAUACUGUGGAUUAUUAAUAUAUGCCACUUUCCACGAAUGUGAUCCUCUUACUACAACGUUGGCAAGAGAAAAGGAUCAGCUACUGCCUCUUUUGGUAAUGGAUAUACUAGGCGACAUUCCAGGACUUCCAGGAAUAUUUGUAGCAGGAAUUUUUAGUGCAGCAUUAAGUUCUCUAUCAACGGGUUUAAAUGCAAUGGCAGCGGUUGUCUUAGAGGAUUUCUACAAACCGUUCUUCUCAAAAGAACUGUCUGAAAAGCAGACUUACUUCUUUAUGAAAGCUACCGUCAUAAUCACGGGAGCUGCCUGCCUUGGUAUGGUGUACGUUGUGGAAAAACUAGGAGCUGUCUUACAGUUAGCAAUGAGCAUAGGUGCUAUCGCCAAUGGCCCCUCUUUGGGUCUAUCCACAAUGGGUAUACUUCUUCCAUGGGUGAAUGCUAAGGGUGCUCUAGCAGGUGGAUUCACAUCUCUGAUUUUCAUGGCUUGGUUGUGUAUCAAGGCCCAAAGCAUGAUAUCUUCAGGCGAUUUAGCCUUUCCUGAGAAGCCAGUGAGUACCGAAGGAUGCCAUUAUCACUUCACGCCUAAAAACUAUAAGGGAUUUGCAGGAUCGCCGAUCAAUUUGACAGACAUCAUGCAUACAGAUGAAGAGUACAUGUUCUACAGAUUGUCGUAUCUAUGGUACUGUCUAGUAGGUACCUUUGUGGCAUUGUUCGUUGGAAUGUUGGUCAGUUUUGUGACUAAACCUAACGAUCCAAGAGAUGUAGACCCGAAGCUUUUGGCGCCUUUUAUAAGGAAAUACAUCAAAUCUAGAGAGUAUCCUAACCAGCCAGAAGAUAGUAUUAUCUACGCUUAUGGAUCUCCGAAGCAGAGCCAUAAUGCAACCAGAGCAGCUAACGACAAAAUAAGUGAAUUACCUAUGACGAAUUUAAAUGGAGCACCAAAUGUCUGAAAUAAACUUUCUUUGAAAAAACGAA